GGAGCUGGAGACAAGAGCCGGCGGCGCUGGGUGUCGGGAGGGCAGUCUCUGGCGGCGCGGCUCUGGCUCCUGCUCGCCUCUCUCCGUCCCGGGCCGCCUUGGGGUUUGCAGCAGCUGCGAUGCGCCUGAUCCAGAACAUGGGGACCAUCUCGGAGUACCCACAGUCUGGCCACGCCACCAGCGGAGAGGGCUGCGGGUCUGGCCGGCCCCGGCUCAUCAAGAUCGCCGUCGUGGGAGCCAGUGGAGUGGGCAAGACCGCUCUGGUGGUGAGAUUUCUAACGAAGCGAUUCAUUGGGGACUAUGAACGCAAUGCAGGUAAUUUGUACAGCAGACAGAUUGAAAUUGAUGGAGAGCUGUUUGCAAUUCAAGUCCAAGAUACUCCUGGAGUACAGAUCCAUGGACACAGCCUGGAAUGCAAUGAGCAGCUGAACAGGUGCAUUCGCUGGGCAGAUGCCAUUGUGAUAGUGUUUUCGAUCACAGACUAUAAGAGUUACGAACUGCUCGGUCACUUCCACCAGCACAUACGCCACUUGCACCCUGGAAACAAAGUGCCUGUUGUGGUGGUAGCCAACAAAGCAGACCUCCUCCAUAUUAAGCAGGUUGAACCCCAACACGGACUUCAGAUGGCUAGCAUGCUGGGUUGUACUUUCUAUGAGGUGUCAGUCAGUGAGAACUAUAAGGAGGUCUUCAAUGCCUUUCACAGCCUGUGCAAAGAUGUCUGCAAGCAACAAACCACCAGCACACCCGAGAAAAGAAGAAGCUCCCUCAUCCCAAGACCAAAAUCGCCCAACAUGCAGGAUCUCAAGAGGAGGUUUAAGCAAGCCUUGUCCGCCAAAGUGAGGACUGUUACGUCAGUGUGACAGCUCAAACUCUUUCCCAAGUACAUGAUCAUGGCGUUCCAACUUUGGAACGUGAAUUGCAGCCUCCGAGGAGGAACAAGGGACAGCGAAGAGAGCUCACAUGUUGUUUAAACAGGUGUGGACAUUGUGUAGUGGAGAAGCAACACUGAUGUUUUAAGAAGGUCGUGAAGAAGUGGUCAAAGGUGUACUUCCAUGCUGAAAAUGGAACACUGAUUGAACAAACUGACAAUACUUUCCUGUUUUGUAGUGGAGCUUGCGUCAUGUUGAUAUCUGUUCUAUCCUAUCACUUCAAUGAGGGUGGAGGACAGGGCAGAGACAAUUUAGAAUGGGACCUUUCUAAUGGGGAACCACUUGUGUUUACAUCAGUUGCAAAUACCUUUUGCAUUGAAUUUAAGGCUCCUUUGAGCCUUAUAUUAUGUCAUUUAGGGGCAUAUGUCUCACUGAUUCAGCAAAACAAGACCCAUCAGAGUAAAAUCUACUGGGCAUUAGUAAGUGAUUGUACUUUUGAUUAUAUAAUGAGACAUUUUGUACCAAAAAAAUCCUGUUUGGUGUUCAUUUUUACAGAUAAAGUUUACUCUUACAGUAGUGUCAUGAUCAAGUUUCAAAGAUUGCCCAUCUGAUGCUGUGUUGACUUGACUUUCAGGUUGAUCUUUGAAUUUGCUUUGGAUUGAUCACAAUAAUUGUGAAAUGCUACUUCAGUGCUCUGGCCAUGGACAUAACUUCGUUUACCUUUCAAUCUAGAAUGAUUUCGCUUUCUCCCUCUCUUUGUUCUUUCACUAUUGUCUAUGAAGCUGUUAUUUACUUGAGUCAUGCCUUUAGUGAGUGCAUGAAGAACAUCCCACUGAUGCAUAAGUCUGUCAUUUGCAGUCAUGUUGGUUGUAUAAAAACAAUCAUUGGGCUUGUCACACAGAGCCAGCAGGAUUUGGACUGAGGGCUAUUAGCCUGACCCAACUCCCCCAGUGCACUUUUAAAAAAAGAGGAAAAAAAAUACAAAAUGUUCUUUCUUUAUGCUGUAAUUUAUUUUUUUUACUGAUAGCAACUUGCAUAGAACACAACCUCUAAAUUUUGUUUCAUAAUUAAACAAUGUUUUCUCAUUUGA